AUGAUUGAGGAUUAUACUGGGGAUGAUGAUGAUGAUGACGACGACGACGAUGAGGAUGAGGAUGUAAGCGAAGAAGAAGAGGAAAGCACUUCCAGAACCGUUGAAAGCACAACAACCCGCUUUGGAAGAUUUAUGUCACCAUUAGCAUUCUCCAAAAUAUCGGAAACUUUAGGUGCGCUUAAUACAGUGGGACGUUAUAUAGUGAACAUGACGAGAGGAAACGAAGCUUCAAUUACCAAUAAUAACCCAUCAGAGAACGUGCCCGAUGCAAUUCUUACCUUAACAAAAAACGUGUUGGGACAGAAUAUGACGAAAACUAUUGAACCAAUGAUUAAACGCAUAGGAGUUGUUGAGACUAGAGAUGAUCCAGCAUUGCUUUCCACCACAACGUUACCACAUUCAAACAUUCUUCUAUUAAAUGCUACAAACAAUUAUUCUGGUGUUGACUCAAAGAAAUUGAAAAAGAAGAAACAGAAAACGAAACGAAAAGACCAACAACCGGUGUUGGAACAAAUAACUGAACGAGUUGAAUCAUAUUCGGAAAACCCAAAAAUUGUUGAUUAUCAAAGUAAAGAGGGUGAGAAUCGAUGUAGAACACCCGAUGGUCGUCCUGGUAAAUGCGAUGACCUUAGCAAUUGUCCGGGCUUGCUGCUGGAUUUAACACAUUUAAGGGAGUCACUUUGCUUCAAGAGUCUGUUUGUACCGGGAGUUUGUUGCCCAGUAUCUGAUAUUUCAAAUGCAUUCUCGACAACAACUCAACGCCCAUUGAAGCUAACCACACGACAAACGACAACUCGUCCGAGUUUGUUUUUGAAUCCAAUAGCGACAACUACAAAACGACCUUUAGUUCCUGUUUUCACAAUAUCAAGCACAGUGACUCAAACUCCAAGUUCCUUCGUUUCGGAUAAACUUGAAACUGUAGGCAAUUUUGUCGAUGCCGAUGAAUGCGGCCAACAGGAAUAUUCUUCGGGUCGUAUUGUGGGUGGUCUUGAAGCUCCCACUGGUCAAUGGCCCUGGCUUGCUGCGAUUUUUCUGCAUGGCCCAAAACGAACAGAAUUUUGGUGUGGUGGAUCAUUAAUUGGAUCAAAAUAUGUUUUAACUGCAGCACAUUGUACUCGUGAUUCGAGACAACGACCUUUCGCAGCUCGGCAGUUCACUGUACGAUUGGGUGACAUCGAUUUAUCAUCAGAUCAUGAACCUUCAGCGCCUGUAACUUACAAGGUCAAAGACAUUCGCGCGCAUCCACGAUUUUCAAGAGUUGGUUUUUAUAAUGAUAUUGCUAUAAUGGCCCUCGAGCAGCCUGUAAGAAAGUCAAAAUACGUGAUACCUGUGUGCUUACCUCAGCCACAUACCCCAAAGGAACGCUUAGUGGGUAGACGAGCAACGAUUGUAGGUUGGGGCACAACUUACUACGGUGGAAAGGAAUCAGCCACACAGCGUCAAGCUAAUCUUCCAAUUUGGAGAAACGAGGAUUGUAAUAAAGCUUAUUUUCAACCAAUUACUGAAAACUUCCUUUGCGCGGGAUAUUCAGAAGGAGGCGGUCCACUGAUGAUGGAAAUAGAUUCCCAUUGGAUUCAAUUGGGAAUUGUGAGCUUUGGAAACAAAUGCGGUGAACCUUCAUACCCAGGAGUUUACACAAGGGUGUCUGAAUACAUGGAUUGGAUAAGAGAGAACACAAAGGAUUAAAUUUCAAGACUACCAAAAUGAUGAUGUACAUAUUUGUGUAAUAUAAACUCACAGUUGGAAGGAAAUGUAUGAAGAAGAAUUUUUUGACAAGUAUUUUUAAAAUCCACGGGAUCUCAAUCAAAAGAAAAGGAAGACGAAGUCAUAGAAUUUAUUUAUUAAAAAAGAAAUCAUGCCACUCACUAUAUUGAAAGCUUUCAUUUCAGUUGCUUUAAGAAUAAAAUGAAAGUAAAGACAUGUUGAAAAAUUGAUCAAUAAAUCGAUGUUGAAGUAUUCGAACAAAAUUUUCUUUAUUUUCUUUUCUUCACAGAAG